UCAACCAUGACUUCAACGAAACUUGAUGUUUGGCAUCAAUGUUUUUGUUUAUUUUCUGCAUUUUGCAUUAUCUGAUGAUCCUUAGAAGGUUUCCUUGGGAGUGAAAUAAGAGAGACCACUCGGCAAUAUGGAAUCAUCAAGUGGGGGGAGCAAUACCCCAAAGAUUAUGGUUUUCAGGCCAACCAUGGACGAAUUUAAAGAUAUGGCAAAAUAUGUGUCCUACAUGGAGUCCUGUGGGGCACACAAAGCUGGUGUAGCAAAGGUUAUACCACCACCAGAAUGGGUUCCAAGAAGAGGGGGCUAUGAGGACUUGGAAAUGACCAUACCAGCCCCCAUCACUCAAGUUGUCACAGGAUGUCAGGGUCUUUAUCAACAGUACAAUAUACAGAAAAAACCGCUAACUAUCAAAGAAUUUGAGAAACUAGCAAAUAGUGAUAGGUAUCGAACUCCAAAGCACUUUGACUUUGAUGAGCUGGAAAGAAAGUACUGGAAGAACAUCACAUUUGUAAAUCCAAUCUACGGUGCAGACAUUUCUGGGAGCAUCUAUGAUGAUGAUCAAGAGUACUGGAACAUUAACAAGCUGGGUACAAUUCUGGAUUAUGUGGCUGGUGACUAUGGAAUCAAAAUAGAAGGGGUCAAUACAGCCUAUUUGUAUUUUGGUAUGUGGAAGACAACUUUUCCCUGGCAUACAGAAGAUAUGGAUUUGUAUAGUAUCAAUUAUCUACACUUUGGUGCCCCCAAGUCCUGGUAUUCUGUACCUCCAGAGCAUGGGAGACGACUGGAGAGACUGGCAUCAGGGUUUUUCCCUAGUAGCUCUCAGGCAUGUCCCGCAUUCCUACGCCACAAAAUGACGCUUAUAUCACCAGCAAUACUCAAACAGUAUUCUAUUCCAUUUAAUAAGAUUACGCAGGAAGCUGGUGAAUUCAUGAUAACCUUCCCAUACGGUUAUCAUCAGGGAUACAACCAUGGCUUCAAUUGUGCAGAGUCAACUAACUUUGCUACAGAGAGGUGGAUAGAGUACGGAAAAAGAUGUUUGCAGUGUAAGUGUCGUAAAGACGGUGUGAAAAUCAGUAUGGACACCUUUGUGAUGAGAUUCCAGCCAGAGCGCUAUGCUUUAUGGAAAGAAGGAAAAGACAUAGCUCCCCACCCAGAAGAUGACCAGAGCAAGCUCUACAAGCACAGGGACAAAAACAUUGCAAAUAACUCGGGCACAGUGUCAAAAAGACAUCCAAUUUCCAAGUCCACAUCUCCAAAGAAAAAAGAAAGUGUGAAAGAGGAAAAGGAAGAGUCGGAUACUUCUAAAGAGAAAAUCAACAAAGAAGAGGCGAACAGUAAUGAAAGUUGUGUGGAAGGAGAAAUGGAUGAACAAGGUGAAAAGGGCAAUGAACAAGUGGAUAAGGAUGAUGAACAAAGUAGGGAUAGUACGUCUGAUGAGAAAGGUAGCAAUUCUGACAGUUCAAAAAAGAAAAUUUCAAUGUACUUGAAGGAUGUGCAGAAGGCCACUGCACCUGCUAAAAAAGUUGCCCCUAGCUCAUUUCAAGCAGCAUUUGAGUCACUUGUUACAAACAAUACAACAUUUCCAAAGCCGCCAGUUAAUAUUGUUGAUGGUGUCCCAGUUAAAUUGAAACAACGAAAGCGAAAAUCAGAGGAAGACAAAGUUAUGAAAAAAGUGAAGGAAUUCUGUCCAAUGGAAAAAACAAAGGAAUUCCUACCAACUGAAAGAGGUGAUGCUCCUAUGUCAAAUUCAGAAUCAACUGGUUCUGAGAAGGUGAUAAUGCAGAACGGAGAGACAAAGCAACAGAUUGUAGUAGUCCCCAAGAAGAAAUCCAGGAAAGAUGGACAUUCCCCACCAAAACGUAAAAAACAAGUUCAACAUCCACACUCUGCUUACCCAUUCCUACCUCUUAACCACCCUUCAUCUACUUCUAUGACAAAGGGUAUAAAGGAUGAGUCUGAUUUUAACAGAUUGAACUUUUUGAUGCCAACUAUUAGAUGGAUUAAACAACAACAGAUGUUACAGAACUGCAGCAACAAAGUCAUGGGAUAUACCAGUGGGAAAAGUGAAGAAAUACCUUUUGCCCAUUCCUCUGGUGUUUCAUUUGAGGACUUAUUGGCAGCUCAAAACAGAGACAUUAAGUGUGAAUCUCAUGUCUUAUCACAUUCGAAAGGAAACCCAGUAAAAGCACAUGGAUCAUUGCUCCAUAAUUAUUCACAUCCUGGUACUAUAGUACCCCCUAACACAUCAAUGACUGUUAAUGUAGCUACUUUGUCAUCUGAGAUUAAAGAGGAAACAGACACAGAAUCAGCUCUGGACUUAUCAGUUGCUACGACUACAAAUACUGUGACAUCUUCAGAAUCUUUAAAGAUUAGUCAGAGUACUGCUUCUCCAGUAAGAAAACAAAUAGCAGCACACUUGUCUGGUUCUAAGAGCCUGCCUCCUUCUAAUUCAGUUGAAAAACCAGUGGCAGGACCAUCAACUACCAGUUCCCACAUAGAUUCUCAGGCUGUUUGGCCGACACCAGAACAGCUCAAACAAAGUAUCAAACUCACUGGACCUCAGCACAAUCUAUUUAACAGUUUUAAUCAGGCUUUUGAGUUAGCACAAAGCAUGUUGAACAAGAAGCGAGAUGGACAAGAGCAGACUAAGGCUAGUGAAACUUCACAUGUAUUAUUGUCUUCAGCUGAUGCAAAUCCACUUCAGCCUUCAGUUCAAAAUCCUUCAAUUUUGAAACAGGAAACUGGCUUUGAUAAAACUUCUCCAAGAAAACCUUCUACUGGUGAUAAUAGAAGUUCUCCUGGCCAUUCUCAGUCAUCUCCAACAGGUGGAGUGCAUUCAUUGACCUUUUCAAAAUUAGUUAGCCAAAGUCAAAAGGAACAGAAGAAGUUAUCAGCUGAGUCACCCAAGCCACAGACAAGUCUGUUGCAGCAUAAACCUUUGUUAACCUCACCUACUCAAGGGUCAGUAUUUGAUAAUUCUUUGAACCCAUCAACAACAUGUCUAUCACGUCCUCUUGGAACCAGUGCAGAAUCACUUAGUCGUCAUUCAUCUCCCUCACAUGCCAUUGGCAGUCCAAAUAUGUACACUCCUUUGUCAAGUAUUGCUCAACAUUCACAGCAACAGAAUCUUCUUCUCCAGUCAGCCAAUCAACAACAGCAGACUUUUUUAGUCAAUAUACCUGUGAUGCAAACGCCGCAGCCUACUGGUGGUAUUACUGGCACUCAGUCUACAACUACCACUACUAGGGCUUCACAGGUUCUCCCUCACGCAUGCGGCCAAGCUGUAGAAACAGUUGAUCGUGGGGGAAAAUCUAAUGAUAAGUUAACAGUCAGUCAGAUUCUCAAGGGUAGUAAAAAAGCAGCAAAGCCUAUCCUUCCUAAUAAAAUUAUUGUGAGUAGUGCACUGGGAGGCAGCCAGCUUAUCCAGGUUGGACAACAAACAGUCAGUAUUCCAAAAGGCAACUCACAGGCAACUAAGACAGUCAAUGUUGUCAAUAUGAUGCCGACGUCCAGUACAGGAGGUGUUUCUCUGCUUUUGUCACCAAAGUCAGGAACAAGUGGAAAAGUACAGAUGCCAGGAGUGGUGUCCCGACAGGUGAUUACCACAGGACUGUCUACAUCAGUGCCAGGUCAGGUUUUCACAAGAACCUUGCCUACAGCUGCCUCGUACCAGGUCAUUAGUCCAACACUUUCUGCAUCUACCCAAAAACAAAACACCACAGCCCCACCACGUCCUGUGAUAACAAAUGUUGUGGGGCAAUCACAGAUAACGGUACCCAUAAUACAGUCCCCUACAGCUUCUUCUGUUGUAGCAAGAGCUACACCUGCUGUCUGUCAGGUGACCUCAACUGGUAGUGUUGGUGGUGUUCUUAAGACAGUAGUAGGAACUGUUAGUGAUCCAACAAAUAUUCGACCAACAUUGCUUGCACAGAAAACUAAAAUAUUGCCGCAGUUUGGAGGACAACCAAGAUUUGGGACAACUCAAUUUCUGUUACAAGGUGUCACUCAAAUACAUCCAACACAAAAAGUGUUUCAAGUUGACCCAAAGUCUCCUCAUAACUUUAAAACUGUAGUAUCAUCCCCAUCUUCAUUGGCCACAUCCACCACUAUGUCUAUUCCAAGCAGCUUGCUGUCCCCUGUUGUAUCUACAUCUUGUCUGUCCACGCUAGAUUCGUCCCUUACUGUGCUAACAAACACGGAUGCUCUGUCAGUCCACAAUUACAGUGACAGUGGUCUCAAAUCUGCCCAGCAGGACACUGACCAAUCAUUUGGCACUAUUGUCAGUCCAAACAAGGUGCUACAGCUUGUACCUCAGCCUAUUGUGCCAAUAUCUCAGGCCUCCUCAGUGGCCAAUACUACUGUACUUGCCCAGAAAGGCAAGCAUAAACCAGACGCUGUGUCCAAGGACACCUCUGAAUCUCCAACCAAAGUACAAGUCAUUGAUAAGGAGAGUGGGAGUGGCUCAGAUGAAAACUUUUCACCCAAAGAGAAGAAAAAUUCAGGAAACAAAGUAAGUGUGCAGUCCCCUUCAAAGCAUGCUAACUUUUACAAAAUGGUUGGAUCAAGUCCCGAUGUCAAUCAAACAGUGAUACAAACUACAAGUUAUAGUGCUUUCUCUGGAAAUUCUGAGAAAUGUAAAAAGCCGAAGUCCAGGAAGACCGAUUCUACAAAUAAAAACCAACAGACUAAUAAGAAGAGAAAAUCUCCCUUAAAGCCAAGCCUGGGAGAUGGUCAUGAGGAAAAAGUGAGGAAAAUGUCCACUACAAAGAAAAAAAAGGAAAACUUGUUGACUGUAGACAGCAAUGGAACUUUGUCACCAUCUGAGGAAAAGAAAUCCAAAGUAAACAAGAGUGUUAAAUGUCGACAUCCAAGUAAAGGAGAGACAGUCAGAGCUAAGACUAAGAAGGACGUAGAGAACAAGAAAGAGGUCAAAGAGGAACCAAAUGAAAGUAUUGAGAUUCCAGAUGCUAUUAUGACAGAACAGUGGGCACAACCUAUCAAGGACCUCUGGCAGCACCUGCCAUUUGACUUUGAGGCAGAGAAAAAGUUCAAUCAAAGUCUGGCCAGCAGGGAGCCUCAUUGUGUUGUCUGUGCUCUGUUCAAACCUUUUAUGAAAUUCUCUGAUGAUUGCUCCAAUGCUGUUGUAUUGAAGAAGAGUAAUAAGAAGGACAAGGUGCGAAGGUCCCUGCCUAUGAUUCCUGAGAUGUGCUUUGCUUGUAGUACUGACAACCCCCACCCACUUGGUCUCAACACUGUACUAGACAAUGAUGGCUUAAGUCCACUCCUUACCUGUGACCAGUGCAAGAUCUGUGUUCAUGCAAGUUGCUAUGGAGUCACAGAGUUUCCAAAAAAAUGGAAGUGUACUCGCUGUACCAAACAGAUGUUUUCUGCAGAGUGCUGUCUGUGUUGUCAGAGAGGAGGUGCUCUCAAGCCUACAUCUGAUGGCAAAUGGGCACACAUUGUCUGUGCUUUGGCAAUUCCAGAGGUGAAGUUUGAAAAUAUCCAGAAACGCGAGCCCAUCAAUGCCUAUAAAAUCACCAGUGAAAGAUCAAAACUACGGUGCUAUUACUGUAAUCCCCUCCAGAACAGUGAGAAGACAUUUGGAGUGUGUGUUCAGUGCUCACAGGGUCGCUGUACAUCCUCCUUCCAUGUGACAUGUGCCUAUGCUGCAGGGGUUGUGUAUGAGACCAGUGACUGGCCAUUUCCUGUUUACAACACCUGUUUACGACACAGCCACAAGGAAAAAGAAAAGGGUGAGAGGAAGCUGACUGAGCUGAAGAAGGGAGACAGGGUUUAUGCCAAACAUAAAAACACACGCUACUAUGUUGUGGAUGUGCUAAAAGUUACCAACCAAGUGUUUUACUCUGUGGAUUUUGAUGAUGGCUCUUUCAGCGACGAUCUCUUUCCAGAGGAUAUUGAUGACCACAGAGUAGAGCUUGGACCCCCAGCUAUAGGAACACAUGUUCAGAUCAAAUGGACAGAUGGAGACCUAUAUGGUGCUACAUUUCGCGGAGCCAAAACAUUGGUGAUGUACACAGUCGAGUUUGCAGAUGGUAACCAUAGAGUGUUCAAGAGGGAAGAAGUUUGGUCUAUGGAUGAAGACUUACCUAAACAUAUUAAGGCACGAACGUCUGAGGCAACAGAAAGAAAAUACAGCAUUUUCUACACUGAAGAGAUAAAAGCAGAAGUGGAAACUGAGGGAAAGCGACCUAAAGCAAAGAUCUCAUAUUCAAAGCUGAAUGGAUAAGCAAUGUUGUACUUGAUUCUUGUCUGUAGAGGAGGAGUUCAAUACUAUGCAACACAGAAAGAAUUUGGUGUACAGCCUGCUUUUAAUGUGGAUCUUAAAUCAUCACAUGAAAGUAACACAAACAACUUAUUGAUAUGUCUAGUGGCAGCUUUGUGCAAAGUUUUCGGACAAUUUUUAAGACUGGAAUAUUUGCAAUAUUUAUUUUAAAGACAAUGAUACUACAUGUAUUGCCAUAUUUCAUUGCUUGUAUUAAAUGUAUUUGAAUUGACUAUUACCCCAAAAACGUGGUUGUGUUUUAGAUUGUGACUCUGUGGUACAGUGAGGUCCAACACAAAGUACUAGCAGGAAGAAGUCAGAACCUUUGUAAAUCACCCAUCAAAGUUUUAGGCCAUUUAAAUAAGGGGAUUCAAAAAUGGUUUUAAUAUGGUAUAAUAUAUUUUGUGAACUGGUCACACAUUUUAAAUUCUAUACUAAUACAAAAGGAGUAUUUAAUAAUUUUCUGAUGAAUGUUGGUCAGACUAUUUAUUUGUGUUAGGAGGCAGUCAGCUAAUGUUCUCAUAAUUAUCUAUAAUUCAAAAUGGGAAAUAUAUGGCCGUGUAAAUUAAUAAAUUUUGCAAAUGUAAUAAACAGAACUACGGUCACUCCCAGCUCAGUCUGUGAUAGUGUAUAUAGGACAAAAAUCAUGUGUUUUGACCUACUGUACACAUUUUAACUUUUUACAGUUAAUUUGGUUUUCUUUACAAUUCUUAAAUGGCAUUAAAUGACCUUUUGGUAAGAUUUUCCAGUAAAACUGAAAUUUUCCCAAACACUAACAGAUUUACAAAGACUUAAUGUGUUUAGAAUGAAAGGUGCAGACCUUGGUACCACUAGAUAUACAGACAUGCCAUGAUGUUUGCACGAGAAUGAUUUAAUAAGAUAAACAUACUGAUACCUUAUGAAAGUUCUUUACAGAUAAUUAUUUAAUUUGUGCAUCAUUUUUGCAUGGAUUAAAUUAUUUCUAGAAA